GGAGAGGGAAUGUUGAACAGGAGAUUUGAAUGUUAUGGUUACGCUCAUAUUGCCAACUGGGGGAGUUUCAAGGGGACGGAAAUUAACUAUUAUUUGUGGGCACGAUAUAAAUUUAAAUAUAAACCCAAAAGUAAAGCGUGUCGUGGUACGGAAUUUGCCCGACUUGUGCGAAGGAAAUCGUGACGAAUACACGCAAAUCCAACCAGGCUUUGGUGACAUUAACAUGCCACCAAUAUAAAUUAGUUAUAUUGCAAAACAAAAUGGAUCAACAACAAACUAGCGUUACUCUCGAUAGCCGCUUGGAAUUUCUCAGGACUUACGUCCAAAAAUCGUUAAAAUUAAAAGCGGAAAAAUGGUCCAGGAUGAUGGCAACGGAAGAACACAAAGCCGUGGUGAUAAAAUUUUUGGAACGCACGUUUCCUACGGUUUUGGUCAUAAUCUUAACUCCAUCGGCCCAACUGGUACCUUCCAACGGGUUUCCGCUUGCACAAUUAAAAUCUAAAGGAGUGUUUUUCGUCAAAAAGGAACCGUUGCCCAUAUCCAAAACUACCCCAGGCGAAUUGGUGAUCGUGGGCGAUCUUUCCCCAAAGAUUAUCGACCAACUAGCAUCGUUGGUUGACGAAAUUCUGUUACCUCUGCUGUCUAAUCCUUCCAAUCACGCCCAAUGGCCCGGAAUUAUAGCCAAGGACGUACACAAACACGUACAUAGUCUUAAGAGUACGGUUUAUCAGGUCAAAGGGCAAGUAAAUGGCCAAACGGUGCUGCCUCUUCCCGUCGGUGUGGAAAGGGUUUUCGAAGUGGAGAAAAUCGUUGCCGAAAGUAAUGGCGAAAACUGCGAUUUGUAUUUGAAAAGUAGCAUCGAAGGAGUGGUGAUGAAAUGGACCACCCAAAUUAACGAUGUGCUUAUAAAUAAUUCCUCUGAGAAAUACUCGAAUGCUGUCCCAUCGAUGGAAAUCCAGUUUUGGAACCAGCGCCUCAAAAACUUACAAUACAUUUAUCAACAAUUGAGAGACCCCAAAGUGAAGAGUAUGGCGACUAUACUCGAAAAAACUAACAGCGCUUAUUACGCCUGCUUCAGAAAUCUGUUCAAGAACGUUGUGGUAGCUCUGGCAGAAGCGAAAGACAUCUACCUUCACCUCACACCUUUAAAAAAGCACAUAGCUUUACUAGAGGAAACCGACUUCAGCGAAUGCAUCCCAUUGUUGACACCGACAAUUCACGUGAUCUGUCUUAUAUGGGCCACAUGCGUUUCAUACGAUCAAGUGAAACUAAUCACUUUGCUUAAGCAAAUAUGCAACUUGCUAAUUGCAGAGGCUAAGAAGUUUUUAGAUCCUACAACACUAUUCCAUAGCGACAUAGACGAAGCUAUGCAAAGACUAGAUUUAUGUUUAAAAACUUUGAAACACUUUUUGAACCUUUUCAAAAUAUACAAAUGUAAUUUGCACAGAUUUUCCAAAGACAAGCAAGUUAGUCCAUGGAAUUUCCAUGCCAAUAUGGUGUUCAGCAGGUUCACAGCGUUUUUGGAAAGGCUCAGUACCAUUAGAUGGUUUUUUAACACUGUUUUGGAAUUUAGUAAACUAGAGAAAGUGGAAAUCGGUGGUAUCAACGGUAGAAUGCUAAGUUCUAGAAUAACCAUCGUCUUCAGUGAAUUCCAACAGUGCUAUUCAAUAUUUUCUGGAAAAUCAUACGACGUUCUAGAUCCGGACGAUCCGUCAUUUCUGAGUGACUUUGAAACUUUCAAACGAAAAAUUUUCGAUAUGGACAUGAAACUGGCGGCUAUUUUAUGCCAGGCUUUUGAAGAUUGUUCAAACUUAGACAGUAUAUUCAAGUUAAUUAAUAUAUCCGGGUGUUUAUUAGAAAGGCAGAUAAUUAAAGAGGAAUUCACGAAGAAAUAUGUUCACAUACUCGACAUGUUAGAAUACGAGGCCAAAUUAAUUCAGGAUGCGUUUGAUGACCAAACGAACCAUUUCAAAAAAUUCGGAGAAUUCAAAGUAGACGAAUACGCACCUCCAGUGACCGGAACACUAAGAUGGACUCGAAAUUUAAUCGAACGAAUUAAAUCAGUUCAAACGAAGUUACAAGGAUUUCAGCAUCCCAUAAUGGAGGACUCGAGAGCUAUCAGCGUCAUGAACAAAUUUGAAACUAUGGCAGAGGAACUCAAUCGAGUUGCUGAAAAUUCACUGAAAGAUUGGGCAGAGAAAAUACCAUUUCGUAUUGAAACUAACAUACGACAAUCCCUUCUAACGCAGAAUCCCAAAUCGAAAGAGUUGUAUUUGAAUUUUAACCCCCAACUCUCCGCCAUUCUGCGCGAAGUUCAUUAUUUGAAACUGAUGGAAAUCGCGGAUAUUCCAGAAUUGGCACUAAAAAUUGCCGAGAAGGACGAACUAUUUCGGAAAUACAAUUCGAAUUUGACUUCGACGAUCGCUUGGUAUAAUAAAAUUAGAAAAACUGCGAAAUCAGUGGAAUUUUGUUUGAUCCAGUCCGAAAUACGCGAAGUAGACAAUUUGAUACUUUAUGGACAGAGCGGUCUUCACUGGAAUUCCGAUGAAUUGUGGAAUUAUAUUACCAACCUUCGCGAUUUAGUUAAGCGUGUCCAGGACAAUUUGCAAGAGGCCCAGCAUAAUUUAAACAGUAUCAAGGAUUUGUUAAUACCGUUCGCGAGAAAACCAUUAUUCGAAAGAAAAGAUGGCAAACGUGAUACGUUUUUAUGCAUCGAUGAUCGAGAGGAAAGAAUAUCCAAGAGGCACGUCGAAAUUCGACUAGCAACUCAGACUAUUUCGACUUUGCUGGCUGCGAAUAUGAAACUAUUUAGAAUCGCAGAAAACAAUAUCAGCGUCGAUUGGGUUAAUUAUAUUGAUUUUGUUGAUAAAAUUGUAUUGAAUUACUUGUAUCAGUCCGUCGGUUGCAGUUUGGGUUACAUUAACGAGCAUAUGGAUUCCACCAACAACUUGCCUCCACUCUUUGAAGUGUUACUAAACCUAAUGGAACCAAAUAUAGUAUUCGUACCGUCAUUAGACUCUAAUUCUCCUCAAAGUUUUCGAGCAAUGAUUACCAACAUCAUAACAGAUAUCGUGAAAACGUCAGAAAUCAUCCCGCGUUUGUCAAAGAGAGCAAAAAAAUCUUACAACGAUGAAAUCGAAAACCACCAAGAUAUCGUGGACAUGAAAAACGACAUCCUCCAAAGCGUGGAUAAAGCGUUGGAGGAAGCUUACGAAUUCUGCAACAAUUUUCAAAACUACUCGUAUUUGUGGUUGGACGAUAGAGAAGAAUAUCUAAACCAAAUAUUAACUUACGGCAGGCAGUUGAGCAGCGAGGAGAUUGAGCUGGUAGCUGCCAAAGAUGUCUGCGCUCCGCCUCAAUCGCCUCCUAAAAUGGAAACAUUUCGGGAGCAAAUUGAUAAUUUUGAGACGUUGUAUGGCGAAGUGGAACAGAUACAGGAAAAAGAGAUUUUUUUCGCGUGGUUCCAGGUUGAUAUUAGACCUUUUAAGCAAGCACUUUUAAAUACCAUCAGAAAAUGGGGUGACAUGUUCAAGGGACAUCUGGUGAAUACGGUCACCACUAGCCUUUGCGAUUUGGGGCAGUUUAUUAGGAAAGCAGAUGAAGGUCUUCAGCAGACUGUGGUCGAUUACCAAACACUGGUUAAUGUUAUGGGUUAUCUUCUACAAGUAAAAGAGCGGCAAGCUAAUACGGACGAGAUGUUCAUUCCACUGCGUGAGACGAUAGAAGUUUUAAAAUUUUAUGACCAAGAUAUCCCUGAAGAAGUAAACGUAUACCUACAAGAACUGCCGGAGCAAUGGAACAACACCAAAAAAAUCGCCAUAACUGUUAAACAGCAGUUAGCGCCUCUGCAAGCUGCUGAAGUCACAUGCAUCAGGAAGAAUAUAUCACAAUUUGAAGUCAAAAUAACCCAUUACAGAGAGGUAUUUAAAAAAUAUGCGUUUUUUUACUAUUCAUGUGCCGUUCCAUACGAAACAAUAGACAAAGUCGAUAAAGAUAUGAGAAAAUUGGAAUACGGAAUGAGAUCAAUACACGAAUCUGGUUCCCUUUUUGAAGUGAAUGUACCGGAUUUUAAAGUUUUGAAACAAUGCAGACGCGAUUUGAGAUUAUUAAAGCAAUUAUGGGACUACGUACAUAUCGUUCACGCGUGCGUGAACGACUGGAAAACUACACCAUGGAGGAAAAUCGAUGUAGAAAAUAUGGACAUCGAAUGCAAAAAAUUUGCCAAAGAGAUUCGAAUGCUGGACAAAGAAAUGAGGUCUUGGGAUACGUAUAAUGGUCUGGAAGCUACUGUGAAGAACACUUUGACAUCAUUGAAAGCAGUUGGUGAGCUGCAAAACCCUGCUAUUAGAGAUAGACACUGGGAUCAACUAAUGUCUUCUACAAAGAACCUUGCAGCUUUACCUCAAGAAUUUAAAACUAAAAUCGUGAUGGAUUUCAAUACAACUUUGGCGGACUUGCUAGAGUUAAAUCUCCACGAGUGCGAAGAAGAAGUAAAGAAUAUAGUCGACAAAGCGGUGAAAGAAAUGUCAAUGGAAAAAAUUUUGAGGGAGCUACACGCCACCUGGUCUACGAUGGCUUUCGAGCAUGAAAUACACCAGCGAACUGGAUGUACUUUGCUGAGAGCUAGCGAAGAGCUUAUCGAAACUUUGGAAGACAAUCAGGUUCAAUUGCAGAACUUAAUAACUUCCAAGUUCAUUGCCCAUUUUCUCGAGGAAGUGUCUGCUUGGCAAAGUAAAUUAGGAUUAGCGGAUCAAGUGAUCAGCGUUUGGUUUGAGGUUCAAAGAACAUGGAUGCAUUUGGAAUCGAUUUUCAUGAGUUCCGAAGAUAUUAGGAAACAACUUCCAGAGGAUUCGGCCAGAUUUGACAUUAUCGACGAAGGAUUUAAAAAGCUUAUGAAAGAUAUGACUAACGUGUCUAAUGUUGUUGAAGCGACGAACAAGAAAGGGCUUCUGGAAGUAUUGGAGGACUUGCAAAGAAAUCUCGUGCUAUGUGAAAAGGCACUCGCGGUGUACUUGGAAACUAAAAGACUGGCGUUUCCUAGAUUUUAUUUUGUUUCUUCUGCGGACUUAUUAGAUAUACUUUCAAAUGGUAAUCAACCCCAACAGGUAGCUAAGCAUUUAACCAAGCUCUUCGAUUCCAUCGCCAGAUUGGAAUUCGAAAUGGAUGAAGAUGGGAAACUAAACAAUAUAAUAACCGCAAUGUAUGCUAAAGACGGUGAAUUUUUGCCUUUUCACGUAUCCACAAAUUGUAAUGGACCUGUAGAAGUGUGGCUUAAUAGGAUACAAGAUUCGAUGAGAGCGACGUUACAGCAUUCUAUUGGUGAAGGAGUCUUGUCAUAUGAAGAAAAACCAAGAGAUCAAUGGCUUUUUGAUUUUCCAGCGCAAGUGUCCCUUUGUGGAACACAGAUUUGGUGGACCACCGAAGUAAACAUAGCAUUUGCUCGUUUAGAAGAAGGUUACGACAACGCUAUUAGAGACUAUUAUAAAAAACAAGUAUCCCAACUAAGCACUUUAAUUUCUUUGCUACUGGGCGACUUAACCAAGCAGGACAGACAAAAAAUAAUGACGAUCUGCACUAUCGACGUCCAUUCUAGAGAUGUGGUGAGCAAACUGAUACAGAGCAAGGUCGAAAGCGCUUUGGCGUUUCAAUGGGUUUCUCAACUUCGGCACAGAUGGGGCGAGAAGGAGAAACAUUGUUUUGCCAACAUUUGCGAUGCUCAGUUUACUUACUGCUAUGAAUAUUUGGGCAACACCCCACGGCUUGUGAUAACUCCCCUGACGGAUAGAUGUUACAUCACACUCACGCAGUCUCUACAUUUAGUAAUGGGAGGAGGCCCUGCUGGUCCGGCUGGCACUGGCAAAACUGAAACUACAAAGGAUCUAGGAAGGGCUCUUGGAAUAAUGGUCUAUGUAUUCAACUGCUCCGAGCAAAUGGAUUACAAGUCCUGCGGCAAUAUCUACAAGGGGCUGGCCCAAACUGGUGCUUGGGGAUGCUUUGAUGAGUUCAAUAGGAUAUCGGUAGAAGUACUUUCAGUCGUAGCAGUGCAAGUAAAGUCUGUACUGGAUGCUAUUAAGAAUAAAAAAAAUACGUUUGAUUUUAUGGGAGAUAUGAUUCAAUUAGUUCCCACUGUUGGGAUAUUUAUCACGAUGAAUCCGGGAUAUGCAGGGCGCACAGAACUACCGGAGAAUUUAAAGGCCCUUUUCAGACCAUGUGCGAUGGUAGUACCAGACUUUGAGCUGAUAUGUGAAAUUAUGUUGGUCGCUGAGGGUUUUCAGGAAGCUAAAAUCCUGGCAAGAAAAUUCAUUACACUUUACACACUUUGCAAAGAACUUUUAUCCAAACAAGAUCAUUACGAUUGGGGACUUAGAGCGAUCAAAUCGGUCUUAGUUGUAGCUGGAUCUCUUAAGAGAGGUGAUCCUGGAAGACCAGAAGAAGAAGUUUUAAUGAGAGCGUUAAGAGAUUUCAACAUACCAAAAAUCGUAACCGAUGAUACUCCGGUUUUCAUGGGAUUAAUUGGGGACCUAUUUCCUGCUUUGGAAGUACCCAGAAAACGCGACGUGGAGUUUGAGAGAACAGUUAAACAAGCAGCGAUAGACUUAAAACUGCAACCAGAAGAUAACUUCAUUUUAAAGGUGGUACAACUGGAAGAAUUGUUGGAAGUUCGCCACUCUGUGUUUAUCGUCGGAAACGCAGGAACUGGUAAAACGCAAGUCUGGAAAACUCUAUUCCGCACCUAUACAAACAUCAAACGUAAACCCAUAUUUAAUGACCUGAAUCCAAAAGCUGUUACGAAUGACGAGCUUUUCGGGAUCAUUAAUCCAGCGACUAGGGAAUGGAAAGAUGGAUUACUUUCAGUUCUCAUGAGGGACCAAGCGAACCUAAGUGGAGAUAAUCCAAAAUGGAUCAUUCUCGAUGGCGAUAUCGAUCCAAUGUGGAUAGAAUCUCUCAACACCGUUAUGGAUGAUAACAAAGUCCUCACUUUAGCGAGCAACGAAAGGAUAGCUCUAACUCCAGCAAUGCGUCUAAUUUUUGAAAUCUCCAAUCUGCGGACAGCAACCCCAGCGACAGUAUCAAGGGCGGGAAUUCUUUACAUCAACCCUCAAGAUCUCGGAUGGAAUCCCUACGUUACCAGCUGGAUUGAGUCGCGAGAAAAUGGCGCUGAGAAGUCAAACUUAAUAAUGCUGUUCGAUAAAUAUAUACCAGUAUGUUUGGAAAACGUUCGUACGAGAUUUAAAAAAAUUACACCCGUACCAGAGACUUCCCAUAUUCAAAUGUUAUGUAAUUUAUUAGAAUGCGUUUUAACCCUGCAAAAUACCCCUCCAGAGUGUCCUAAAGAUUGGUACGAAUUAUAUUUCGUCUUCUGUUGUGUUUGGGCAUUUGGAUCUGCCAUGUUUCAGGAACAAGCCACCGACUAUAGAGUGGAAUUUACGAAAUGGUGGGUAAAUGAGUUUAAGACGGUGAAAUUCCCUUCAGUUGGCACGGUGUUUGAUUACUACAUUGACGACGAAACUAAACAAUUUAUUCCAUGGACCGAAAAACUGGGCAAAUUUGAAAUGGACCACGAUACGCCUCUUCAGGCAGUGCUCGUCCAUACUGCAGAAUCGAUCAGAAUUCGAUACUUUCUCGAUUUGCUGAUGAAUAAGCGUCACCCCAUUAUGUUAGUAGGAAACGCGGGUUGUGGUAAAACGGUAUUAGUCAGAGAAAAAUUAAUAAACUUAUCGGAAAAUUACGCGAUUGCGAAUAUUCCGUUCAAUUUUUAUACAACAUCGGAGAUGUUGCAGAAGAUAUUGGAGAAGCCUCUAGAGAAAAAAGCGGGAAGAAAUUACGGCCCACCAGGAAAUAAAAUUUUAAUUUACUUCAUAGAUGACAUGAACAUGCCUGAAGUAGACACUUAUGGCACAGUGCAACCCCAUACGUUGAUAAGACAACACUUAGAUUAUAACCACUGGUAUGACAGGAAUAGAUUGACUUUAAAGGACAUCCACAACUGUCAAUACGUGUCCUGUAUGAACCCAACGGCAGGCAGCUUUUUCAUUAAUCCAAGACUUCAAAGACAUUUUUACGUUUUUGCUAUUAGCUUUCCGGGCACGGAAGCUUUGACAACUAUAUAUCAAGCUAUAUUGGGGACCCAUUUGACAAACUCCGAAUACAAGUUCUCUUCGACCGUUGUUAAAUUGUGUGAAAAUACAGUCGCGGCAUCUGUAGCCCUGCAUCAUAAAAUAUCGCAAAUAUUUUUACCGACGGCGAUAAAGUUUCACUAUAUAUUUAAUUUAAGGGAUAUGUCGAACAUUUUUCAGGGUUUAUUGUUCAGCACUAACGAUUGUCUCACGCAACCCUCAGACUUAGUGAGGCUAUGGGUGCACGAAUCCCAAAGGGUUUAUGGCGAUAAACUAACCGAAGAAAAGGACAUCGAUGCGUUUUCGAAAUUGCAAUUGGACGUUUUCAAGAAAAAUUUUGAGGAAAUCGAUGAAUCGGUGGUAUUUGAAAAACCCAUAAUAUAUUGUCAUUUCGCUGGAGGUAUUGGAGAACCCAAAUAUAUGCCCUUGAUAGAAUGGUCCACAUUGCAGAAGCUUUUAAACGAAGCAAUGUCUAGCUACAACGAUCUCGUGGCAGCAAUGAAUUUAGUUCUCUUUGAAGAUGCAAUGAUGCACGUGUGCCGAAUUAACAGAAUCCUAGAAUCGCCUAGAGGUAGUGCCCUUCUCGUAGGUGUAGGAGGAAGUGGUAAACAAUCGCUAGCACGCCUUGCCGCCUUCAUAUCGUCUCUAGAAGUAUGUCAGAUUCAACUCAAAAAAGGCUAUGGGGUCACGGACCUCAAACACGAACUAUUCUCGUUAUAUCUAAAAUCCGGCUUGAAAAACGUAGGCAUUAUGUUCCUUAUGACCGACGCGCAAGUGCCCAACGAGCAAUUUUUGGUUCUUAUAAACGAUAUGUUGGCAACUGGAGAAGUAUCGGACAUGUUUCCAGACGACGAAGUGGAAAACAUAAUCGCCGGAGUGAGGAACGAAGUGAAAGGUGCGGGAAUGUUGGACACCAGAGAAAACUGCUGGAAAUUUUUCAUAGAUCGGGUGCGAAAACAACUCAAAUUGGUACUGUGUUUUUCCCCCGUCGGAUCCACUUUACGAAUACGAUCCAGAAAGUUCCCGGCCAUAAUCAAUUGCACACAAAUUAAUUGGUUCCACGAAUGGCCGCAAGAGGCGCUCGUAUCAGUCUCGUUGCGGUUUUUGCAAGAGCUAGAAGUGUUGCCGGAUGAUUUGCGAGAAGCCGCGUCAAAGUUCAUGGCUUAUGCCCAUACUUCCGUCAAUGUCACGUCAAAAAUUUACUUGCAAAACGAGAGAAGGUAUAAUUACACCACGCCGAAGUCGUAUCUCGAGCAAAUUAACUUGUACGCGAAAUUGUUGCGGCAAAAAUCAAAAGAACUGUCGUCAAAAGUAGAACGCUUGGAGAACGGUUUGGACAAACUCAAAAAUACGGCGGAGCAAGUUGACGAGUUGAAAAAAAAAUUGGCUUUACAAGAAAUCGAACUCAAAGAGAAAAACGACGCUGCUGAUUCGCUAAUUGAAAUCGUCGGUAUAGAAACCGAAAAGGUGUCGAUUGAGAAAAAAUUGGCUGACGAAGAGGAAGAAAAGGUAGCGAUGAUAGCCGAAGAAGUAGCCAAGAAGCAAAAAGAUUGCGAGGAGGAUCUUCUAAAAGCGGAGCCUGCUUUAAUCGCGGCCCAGGAAGCGCUGAAUACUUUAAAUAAAGCGAAUUUGACUGAGUUGAAGUCUUUUGGAUCGCCUCCGGGUGCAGUGACCAACGUAACUGCCGCUGUGAUGGUAUUACUGGCACCAGCGGCCAAGAUACCCAAAGACCGAAGCUGGAAAUCCGCAAAGCUGGUAAUGGCAAAAGUGGACGCAUUUUUAGACUCCCUUAUCAAUUACGACAAAGAAAAUAUUCACCCGGAGAUCAUAAAAGCCAUCGAGCCCUAUCUGAAAGACGCUGAGUUUGAGCCCGAGUUUGUAAGGUCUAAAUCGACAGCUGCGGCUGGCCUAUGUGCUUGGGUGAUAAAUAUUAUCAAGUUUUAUGAAGUUUACUGUGACGUGGAACCUAAAAGAAAAGCUCUUGCGGCGGCCAAUGCGGAAUUGGCAGCGGCUCGAGAUAAGCUCAAUAGCAUCAAAAAUAAAGUCGCAUCGCUGGAGUUGCAACUUGCAAAAUUAACCGCGGAUUUCGAAAAAGCGACUCAGGAGAAACUACUAUGCCAGCAGGAAGCUGACGCUACAAAUGCAACUAUAGCUCUAGCCAAUAGGCUAGUUGGAGGUCUCGCUAGUGAAAAUGUGCGCUGGGCGGAAACUGUCAAUAAAUUCGUUGAAAAUGGAAAAAUGAUGCCUGGCGAUGUACUUCUAACAACAGCAUUCAUCUCCUACGUCGGCUGCUUUACUAAGCAAUACAGACAGGAUUUACUUCAUAAAAUGUGGUUGCCGUUCUUAAAGACUUUGGAUCCUAGCGUCCCUCUAACAGAAAAUCUCGAUCCCCUAUCGCUUCUAACUGAUGAUACUAUAAUCGCCAAAUGGCAUAACGAAGGUCUACCAAGUGACAGGAUGUCGACUGAAAACGCCACUAUUUUGAUCAGUUCUGAUCGCUGGCCUUUGAUGAUCGAUCCCCAACUUCAGGGAAUCAAAUGGAUUAAACAGAAAUAUGGAGAUAGCUUAAAAGUAAUUAGAUUAGGCCAGAAGGGUUGCUUAGAUGUAAUAGAGAAAUCCAUUACACAAGGUGCUACAGUCUUGGUGGAAAAUAUAGGGGAAAGCGUCGACCCAGUUCUCGAUACCUUGCUGGGAAGAAAUCUUAUCAAAAAGGGAAAAGCUGUCAAAAUUGGAGACAAAGAAAUCGAAUACAACUCAAUGUUCCGCUUAAUUUUACACACCAAACUCGCCAAUCCUCAUUACAAGCCUGAAAUGCAAGCUCAAGCCACCUUAAUCAAUUUUACCGUCACCAGAGAUGGACUUGAGGACCAGUUACUCGCUGAGGUGGUAAAAGCUGAGCGGCCAGAUUUGGAAGACUUAAAGGCUGACCUCACCAAACAACAAAAUGACUUCAAAAUAAUGCUUAAAAGUUUGGAAGAUGAUUUACUGUCUCGUUUAUCUUCAGCGGGUGGAAAUUUGUUAGGCGACACUACACUAGUGGAAAACCUGGAAACCACUAAGCGUACAGCAGCCGAUAUCGAACAAAAAGUAGCAGAAGCUAGAAUAACUUCAACUAAAAUCGACCAGGCUAGGGAAUUUUAUAGACCAGCCGCUGCUAGAGCAAGUUUGCUCUACUUCAUCCUUAACGAGUUGAAUACUAUUAAUCCAAUUUACCAAUUUUCUUUGAAAGCUUUCAAUGUUGUUUUCCAAAAAGCUAUUGCGAAGGCAGAACCCGCUGAUACAGUAUCUGGAAGAGUUAGUAAUCUGAUUGACUGUAUUUCAUUCUCCGUUUUCCAGUAUACAACCAGAGGGUUAUUUGAAAGCGACAAACUGAUAUUUGCUUCGCAGAUGACGUUUCAAAUCCUGUUAAUGAAUCGCGAGAUAAACGCGGCAGAUUUGGAUUUUCUAUUGAGAUUUCCGAUCAAGCCACACGUCACGAGUCCAGUCGAAUUCUUAUCCAACCACUGCUGGGGUGGUAUCUGUAGUUUAGCAACUAGGGACGAAUUUCGGAACUUGGAUCGAGAUAUAGAGAAUUCUCCGAAAAGGUGGAAAAAAUUGGUAGAAUGCGAAACUCCCGAAAGAGAAAAGUUUCCCCAAGAAUGGAAAAGUAAGACUGCUCUUCAGAGACUUUGCAUGAUGAGAGCAUUAAGGCCUGACCGAAUGUUAUAUGCUAUGAUGGCGUUUAUCGAGGAAAAGUUGGGUACUAAGUACGUUGGAAAUAAAACAGUAGAGUUCAGCAAAUCGUUUGAAGAAACAAGUCCUUCGACGCCGAUAUUCUUCAUUUUAUCACCCGGAGUAAAUCCUCUGAAGGACGUAGAAGAUUUGGGAGAAAAAUUGGGCUUCACUCUGGAAAAACAAAAUUUUCACAAUGUUUCCCUGGGACAAGGUCAAGAAGUCGUAGCAGAAAAGGCUAUGGAGACGGCAGCAUUAAAUGGACAUUGGGUUGUCUUACAAAACAUACAUUUGGUUAAGAAGUGGUUACCAAAUCUCGAGAAAAACUUAGAACAUUAUGCUUUCGGUGGUCACUCCGAAUACCGAGUAUUCAUGAGCGCCGAACCAGCUGCUUCACCAGCUGGUCAUAUAAUCCCUCAAGGUAUUCUCGAAUCUUCUAUUAAAAUUACAAAUGAACCGCCCACGGGCAUGAAAGCAAAUUUGCACAAGGCAUUGUCGAAUUUUAAUCAGGAAACGUUGGAGCAAUGUGGAAAAGAGGCCGAAUUUAAAGUAAUCCUGUUCUCAUUGUGUUACUUCCACGCAGUAGUAGCGGAAAGGAGAAAAUUUGGACCGCAAGGGUGGAACAAAAUGUAUCCAUUCAAUGCUGGAGACUUGACGAUUAGCGUUUUUGUACUGUACAACUAUCUAGAAGCUAAUUCGAAAGUCCCAUGGGAGGACCUGCGCUAUUUGUUCGGUGAAAUUAUGUAUGGAGGUCACAUUACUGAUGACUGGGAUAGAAGAUUGUGCAACACAUACUUAGAAGAGAUUUUACAACCGGAUCUGGUGGAUGGGGAGCUGCUGCUGGCUCCAGGUUUUCCAGCACCACCCAACACAGACUAUCAAGGAUACCACAAUUACAUCGAUGAAGUACUGCCGUCUGAAUCACCAUAUCUUUAUGGACUUCAUCCAAACGCUGAAAUAGGAUUUUUGACUACAACCGCUGACAAAUUAUUUAGAAUCGUGUUUGAAAUGCAACCUAGAGACGCAGAGUCUUCUGGGGGCGCCACAGUAACUCACGAGGAGAAGGUUAAACAAAUGGUGGACGAGAUGAUGGAAAAACUACCAGAAGAUUUUAAUAUGACGGAAAUAAUGGGGAAAGUAGAGGAGAGAACCCCUUACGUAAUAGUUGCGUUCCAGGAGUGCGAGAGAAUGAAUUUGCUAAUAGGGAAAAUUAAACAAACUCUGAGAGAAUUGGAGUUGGGACUCAAAGGAGAACUCACAUUUACAUCUGAUAUGGAGGAUCUGGAAAACGCGGUAUUUCUGGACCAAGUGCCCUUAUCGUGGUCCCAAAGGGCAUAUCCUUCAUUGUUAGGGCUGACCGCUUGGUUUGUUGAUUUAUUGCUGAGAAUUAGGGAGUUAGAAACCUGGUCCACAGACUUUGUGCUUCCUGCUUCAGUGUGGUUGGGUGGAUUUUUUAACCCUCAAUCAUUGUUAACAGCGAUAAUGCAGAGUACGGCGAGAAGAAACGAAUUGCCUUUAGACAAAAUGUGCUUACAAUGUGACGUUACUAAAAAGCAAAAGGAAGAAUUUACAAGUGCUCCUCGAGAUGGCGCUUACGUCCACGGUCUGCACAUGGAAGGGGCUCGUUGGGACGUACAAGCUGGAAUUAUAAUGGACUCAAGAUUAAAGGAGCUAUUUCCUGCAAUGCCUGUGAUCAAUAUAAAAGCGAUUACCCAAGAUAAGCAGGAUUUGCGCAACAUGUACGAGUGUCCUGUAUAUAAAACGAGGACCAGAGGGCCAACUUUUGUAUGGACAUUUAACUUAAAGACAAAAGAUAAACCUGCCAAGUGGACUUUGGCCGGGGUUGCUCUGCUUUUACAAAUUUAAUUUAAACUGAAAGUUGUAAUUAUAACAGCAAUGUGCACUUUAGCGACAAAUAUUGGUUUCAGGACAUUAGCGUUGUAGUAAAACAAAAAAAUUUUAAAUGCAAAGGUUGUUUUUAUAAGAACAUUUCGUAAGUAUAUAAAGAUUAUUUUAAAUAAUAUUGAAUAACGCAAGAACAAGAACCUUUUUUCAAAAAUACGGCGUCCUGUAUAUUAUUCUAUAAUUUGGUUAUGGCUAUUGGCCUUGUCCUUCCCUAUAGCAACCUUUAUCUUUUUCCCAUCAAAAACGAAAUAUUGGUUUCUUUGUAGUUAGAUUCUGACAAAGUUUGACAUGUUUUUCAUUUUAUUUACGUCAAAGGAGUUUGGAGACCCUAGCGCCGACCAAUUUUGAAUGAUAAACACAUUUUUGAACUAUUUAACGGAAGCGCAGUGGCAAUUAAGAAUUUGGUAAAUGAUUAAUCCAAAAUGUCCCAAAAAUACAACGAACAUGGCAAAAUGCCAUUAGUGGAUGUAAUCAAAACAGGAAAAUUAAAUUGGAAAACACAAGAAACAAGAAAUACAAAAUGAACACAAA